AUGUUUCUUGUCUCAGUUCUUGCAGCUGAAGUCGAUAAAGUAGAAACAAAAAGUAACAUCCUUUAUUCUGUUAUUGAGCCAGUUACUUGUGGGAUCUGUAAGGCUACUCUUGGAGGUAUGGCAUAUGCUCUGCUGAGUGAGAACUCGAUAAGAUUCUUUGAGAAUUUAAUAUAUUACGGUUGCACCUUGCUCUUCUCAAAGGAUCAGUGUACUAAGGUCUCAGCUGCUUAUGUUGGCUUACUCAUGAGAAGAUUCAGAGUAAAGACAUUUGAACCAAAUUACUUCUGUCAAGUUCAAGUUCCAGCCUGUGAUAACAAGAGAAAUAAAUAUACCGUUCUGGAAAAACAGGAUUAUGAGAAGAGAAUCUUAGCUGAUAAACCUGACUUCAUUAAGGACAAUAACUUUAUCAAUAAUUUAUACAAGGAGAUUAAUGAAGAUAUUGAAGCUGGAAAUGACAGAGAGACUAUUCUGAUGUAUCACUUCUCAGACCUUCAUUGGAAUAUUAAUUAUACAGAAGGCUCCAAUAAUAAUUGUGGAGAAAUUGUUUGCUGCACUCCAAACUCUAAGCCUCCAACUAAGGAAAGUGAAAAGGCAGGAAAAUGGGGUGACUAUAAUUGUGAUGCGAAUCCUAAAGUAGUUGGGCAGCUUAAGUAUUCAUUCAAUCAAACAGGAAAGCCAGACUUUAUUGUAUGGACAGGAGAUAAUCCAGACCAUGGUAUUUACAAAGACCCGAAGAUUAGUACUGAAGCGACUGUAAUCAUCACAGAUAUGAUUAAUGCUCAUUCCAAGAAUACUACUAUUUUCCCUAUCCACGGCAAUCAUGAAUUUGAUCCAAUGAAUAUUCAGGAUUUCAGUCUUGAAGUUGACCCAGUGAUCCAAAUUGUGGCUAAUGCUUGGAAGCAUUGGAUGACUGAAGAGGCUAAUGCAGAGUACUUAAAACAAUCUUUCUAUUCGAUGAUGGCAUAUGACCAUCCAUCCACUACUGAUGAAUUUAAAAGGAAAAUGGGAAAGACCAGAAUUAUUGGAUAUAACUCUAAUGAUUGUUAUGUAUUUAACUUUAUGCUUGCUGGAGAAUUUAAUGAUCCUGGACAGCAAUUUGAGUGGCUUGAGAAUCUCCUCAGUCAAAUGGAGAAGGAUGGAGAAGUUGGAAUUUUCAUAGGGCAUAUGUCUCCAGGCACUAGCGAUUGCAUUUCUGAAGUUUCUUCUAGACUGAGAGUUCUUUUUGAUAGAUAUCAACACAUCCUUAGACUUAACCUGUUUGGACACACCCAUAAUGAAGAAUUCGAAGUAAUUAGGUCUGUUGAAGACCGCAAGCCUAUUGGUGUUAACCAUUUGGCUUCUUCAAUGACCACAUUCACAAACACUAACCCCUCUUUCAGAGUUAUAACUCUUGAUGCUGAGACAAAGCUCCCAUUAAAAAUAGAAACCCACAUGCUGGAUAUUGUCGAGGCUAAUAAAGAUGACGCAAAUGCAAUUUUUAGCCAUCAUCAUGAGCUCACAGAAGAUUUUAAUAUGGAAGAUCUAAGUCCAGCAUCCUUCUUAAAGGUGACUGAAGGAUUCAUGAACGAUGAAGAAUCUGCUAGGAAGUAUAUUCAAAACUUCUAUUCUUCAGCUCCUGGAUAUAAUCCUCCUCCUUCAUGUAAUGCUAAAUGCAGAAGACAACGCUCUUGCCAGACAUCCAACUCUGUAUACUCUGAUACAAGAAAAUGCAUGAAAUGGGUUGACUACACUGACGUCUGGCUAAUUGCUAGUCAUCUCUUUGACUUCAUGAAUGGAAGAUGGGUUACCCAAAAUUAA